AUGCACUCAAAAUAUGGACUGCUCGUAUUAAAUAGUAAAAAUGUCCAAAAAUUAAAGCAACUAUUGACAUCAGCGGCUACAAGUUUGAGCUCAAGACUUUACAUCAGGCUAAAUCCAGAUCAGCCACGUACCGACGAGUUAGUUUCAAAAAUCUACUUAAACUCUGCAAAUUCUUGUCCAAAACUCGAUGUUCGUCUGCUAGUAUCGGACAUUCCCGGAAAAAUCGAAAAUUACACAGCAAUUGGAGAAGAAAAGCCGGAGAAAAUAGAGAAAAUAGAGAAAAAAUACAAGAAAGUGGUUUUGGGUGGAACCUUUGACCGACUUCAUAAUGGCCACAAAGUUUUGUUGAACAAAGCUGCUGAGUUGGCUUCUGACGAUAUUGUGAUUGGCGUCACCGAUAAAGAAAUGAUUUUGAAAAAAUCUCUUUUUGAAAUGAUCGAACCAGUGGAAUUCCGCAUCAAGAAGGUCGUCGAGUUUGUUGAGGAUAUUUCUGAUGGAGCCAAAUGUCUCGCGGAACCGAUAACAGACCCAUUUGGACCAUCAACUAGAAUCAAAGAUUUAGAAGCAAUAGUUGUCUCAAGAGAAACAAUAAAAGGAGCAGAUGCAGUGAAUAAAAAACGGAAUGAACAAGGAAUGACACAACUAGAUAUUAUUAUUGUUAAGUUAAUCGAAGGAAGUGAUGAAAUUCUAAAUGAGACAAAAAUAAGUUCGAGCUCAAAAAGAAGAGAGGAUUUGGGAGUAUUGCUUAGACCAGUUCGAAAAGUUCCGAGAGAAACAGACCGUCCGUACAUCAUUGGAUUAGCUGGUGGGAUUGCAUCGGGUAAAAGUCAUAUUGGAAAAUAUCUCAAAGAAAAACACGGCUUCGAUGUGAUUGAUUGUGAUAAACUUGCCCAUACAUGCUAUGAAAAAGGAAGUUCGUUGAAUCGAAAAAUCGGAGAACAUUUUGGUUCGGAUAUUCUUAUCGAUGGAAUCGUUGAUCGGAAGAAAUUGGGAUCGAUUGUUUUCUCGGAUAAGUCCAAGCUACGAGAAUUGAGUGAAUUGGUAUGGCCGGAAGUCAAAUCGAAAGCAGCGGAGAUUGUAGAGAAAUCAACUGCUAAAGUUGUAGUAAUCGAAGCAGCUGCUCUAAUUGAAGCUGGUUGGCACAAAUCUCUCGCAGAAACAUGGACUGUAUUUGUUCCAGCUGAAGAAGCUGUUCGUCGUGUUGUCGAGAGAGACAAUUUAACAAAAGAACAAGCUAUCGAUCGAAUGUCAUCUCAAAUAACGAAUAAAGAACGAAUUGAUAGUAGCAACUUAGUUUUAUGUUCAUUGUGGAAAUAUGAAGAAACAAGAGCACAGGUCGAUCGAGCAGUCAACGACUUGAUGAAAAGAAUUUAA